AGUUAGUCUCCUUGAACAUUAGAACUAAAAUGUAUUAAUUGAUUUUGACAAAUGACAACUUAAAAAAAAUGAAAAAUGUCAUAUAUUUGUAUUUGAUUUUGAAUACAGGUGAAAAUGUGUUUGAAUGAGUAAAAAAUCAUGUAUAUUUUCGAAUCUUCAAUGACCACUGUAUGAAAUAAUUUUAAUAGAGUGGAAUCGUAUUUUCUCGAAAAGUUGUGUUGACAUUUCUUCGGACCUUUACCUCGAAAAAUGGCGGCUCCCGUAUAUGUUGAGGAAGAACUAGUGCGAAAAUGGGAUAAAUGCUUUUCAGAUGGGUUACUAAAAUUUGGUGGAGGCCUGGCACUAGGCACAGUUUUCUCUCUGUUAUUUUUUAAAAGAAGAAGGUGGCCAAUCUUGAUGGGUGGCGGUUUUGGAAUCGGUAUGGCAUACUCAAAUUGUGAGCAAGACCUCAACGGAACAUUCCGUCGUUGUGAUCACUGUGCAGACAAACCAGCAGAUAUGCCUAGUAAAUAGCCUCAUUUAAGAGUUUGGAGAGAAUACUGCCUCAUAAGUCACCGCGGGUUUAUUUCCAACUUAAAUUGAUGAGUAGUUGUAAAUAUUAAAAUUAAAUAUUUGUUAAAUACUUGUUUUUAAUUUAAUUUAUUCACUUUUGAGUGUUUUUAUUCAAUGUGUAAUAAAGGGAGUACCUAUGCUGUU